AUGCUGGGUACCGUAGUCUCGGUGCUGUUUUGCAAGAUGGACAGUGAUUGCGGGAGAUGGGAGGACUACUGCCAUAGCGGACAGUGUACAGCCAAGGUAGUCCGCUCGGGUGAUUCGAAAUGCAUUCCAUUCUCUAUUGCCUGUUCUUUGCCGUCGUGCUGGUUACCGUACGCGCCGAUAUUCAGAAUCAAUGUGCGACGUGGCAGGAUUGCCCGAAAGAUCAUUACUGCAAAGACGGCAUGUGCGCGGAGCAGAGAAACAUUGGACGAGGCGAGUUAUGCGGUGGUCGAAUUACGGGCGGGUGUACGCUUGGCUACCGAUGCUGCAGCCAGG